AAAAAAAAAGCCUUUUCCAAAAAAGUAUUGGAUGUCUUGAGGAAUGCAGUCAGCCCCCUGGGAAAGUACAUAUCUGUGAGUCGCUCCCUGGCCGCCGCUUGCACUCGGCUGGCGCCCCGUCCCGCACGGAUCAGUCCCGCCGCCCGGCAGCUCCGCUCCGCUCCCCCGGGGGCCGCGCCUGCGUCCGGACUCCAGGCUGUCCCGCAGCUUUUCAAGUUUUUCUUUCGGGAGCAGUUCGCGCGGGGACGCGCCCUAGCACACCGCCACCAUGGAUGCCAUCAAGAAGAAGAUGCAGAUGCUGAAGCUGGACAAGGAGAACGCCUUGGACAGAGCCGAGCAAGCCGAAGCGGACAAGAAGGCAGCGGAGGAGAGAAGCAAGCAGUUAGAGGAUGACAUUGUGCAAUUGGAAAAGCAAUUGCGUGUGACGGAGGAUACAAGGGACCAAGUGCUGGAAGAGCUACACAAGUCUGAGGACAGCCUCCUCUCCGCAGAGGAGAAUGCUGCCAAGGCUGAGAGCGAAGUAGCUUCUCUGAACAGACGCAUCCAGCUGGUUGAGGAGGAGUUGGAUCGGGCUCAGGAGCGCUUGGCUACUGCCCUGCAGAAGCUGGAGGAAGCUGAGAAAGCUGCAGAUGAGAGCGAAAGAGGAAUGAAGGUCAUUGAAAAUAGAGCCCAGAARGAUGAAGAGAAGAUGGAAAUCCAGGAGAUCCAGCUUAAAGAGGCUAAGCACAUUGCUGAAGAGGCUGACCGCAAGUAUGAAGAGGUGGCUCGUAAGCUGGUGAUCAUUGAGAGUGACCUGGAGCGCGCUGAGGAGCGUGCUGAGCUAUCAGAAAGCAAAUGUGCUGAGCUUGAAGAGGAGUUGAAAACUGUGACCAACAACCUGAAGUCGCUGGAGGCUCAGGCUGAGAAGUACUCACAGAAAGAAGACAAAUAUGAAGAGGAGAUUAAAGUCCUGACUGACAAACUGAAGGAGGCUGAGACCCGUGCUGAGUUUGCUGAGAGGUCAGUAACCAAGCUGGAGAAGAGCAUUGAUGACCUAGAAGAUAAUUUUCUUUGCUUCACUUCUCCAAAGACAUCUUCAUCGGGUUGGAUAAAACAUCUUUCCAAGCUUUGGAUGUUUCAUGGGUUCAUUGUCCUGUCUUCUAGCUUAGUUGACUCUUCUUCUAUCACCUGUCUCAGAACAUGCUCUCUUUGUGCUCUGCUGUACAGAAACUACAUUUCUCAAUGUAAAAUAAAUAUCCCAGCUGUAUCCCUUUUGCUAUUCCUUUGCCUUUUAUUUAUUUCAGUAAGUAUUUAAGUUAUUAAUAAAAUCUGCGCUUCUUUGCCAUUAGGGAUUUCAUUUUCUGGUGUUUUCAUUUUUUAGCUGAAAACACUUUUGGCUGAAUGUUGACAAUGCCAAGCCAGUGAGUGCAGUGUGUGGGAUAGUGUGUCAACUGACCAGUUGUUAUCUUAGUUUUUCAUAAACGCUGCUGCAGACAAAAUGACAAAUAGAUGUAUAGGAGUUAGUUUUCCCAGUUGUUAUUGUUAGGACAAAAUUUGCAAGGACACUGCUUCCUUGGGGUCACUUGGUCGUGGGAGCAUGGCUAAGAGAGCAGUUACAUCCUUGAUGUAACCAGAUUUUUCACUUUAAAGCCUGCAGUCUUUUCCUAGCUUGAUGCUGAAGACUUCUUAUCUUUAUUUAAAUGUAUUUGUUCAUUAACUCAUAUAUAUGAGACCGAUUUAAAGAGGCAGCAUCAAAAACAUUAAAUUCUUUUUUUCACCCAAAAAUAAUCCUUGAAAUGUCUUGAAAAAGGUUUUCCUUCUUUCAUGCCUUAGUUUUCAGCAAAGAUAUUGCUUGCUCACAUUUUGGGAUUUUUACAAUACAGUUUUCUUCAGUGGCAUGAUAGAAUUGGAAGUUCUUCGGGGAGGUUUCAGUUGCUUUCCACUUGUGCAUCGUUCAGGAUUGUGAAUUUGAAUUGCAGACUCAUGAGAAAUGUUUCAAAACUGGAGUGGAGAUUUCUCAUUAUGAUACUAUUAAUGAAAUUAUUCUGCUCCAAGUGGAACAUAAUGGAUUUCAAGUCUGAAAGCCUGAAGAGCUUUCAGCUGAUUUGUCAGUGUCUAAUUAUGGAUGAAGCAUUAAAUACUAAAAUCUUGUGCUUUUUUGUAUUAUUUGCAGCUAGGGAGUUUACUGCCUUUUUUAGCUUUAUUUACAUCACAGUAAAGUUAGAAGUUAUUUCUAGUUCAGAUUAAAGUGAAUCAGUUUAAACUGAAUUGAUUCGUGGUGAUGCUUCCUAGUUGGUUUCACUCUGUAUAUUGCUAAAGUUCUUAAGUCACCAAAGCUAAAUAAAUUCAUUAUAUCACAGCUGAAGUGUAGUUUUUAACCCGUAGAAUGAUGUAAACRUCUCUUUCUUGUUCAGCUUUGGGAUUAUUCAGCAGUGCAAUCUAAACUAGACUUUCUCCCCUCCUCAAAACUUGUUUUUUAAAUAAGGCUUGCCAAUGGAUGCAUUGCCUUCCUGGCCUGCCAUCCUUGCAUAACUUUGGCAUAUYCUGGUUUUCUAGCCUAGGACAUAUCCUAAUGCUGCUGGCUGUGGGGAGAAGCCCCAGUGCAGGAUUUAKAUCAGCCAUCACUGAUAGUUCAAGUAAUAAAGUUCAGUAAUCUGCUACURCUCAGAUGACAAACAGUAAAUGGUGUAUUGCACCUGAAAAGCAAUAGGCUGUGUCUGAAGGGCAACCAAAUAGAAUGGGAUAUAUAAAAAUUAACCAAAUAUAAUGGAAUCAGCAUUUGUGAAAUGACUAUGAGGCUAAGGUUAACUUCACAAAUGCAAGUUAGGGGGAAUGUGGUCAACUGGCACUUGUCUGCUGAGCCAGAGUAAAAUACGCUACAGCAACUCCAGCUUCUGGUGUUUCUUAAAAGUAAACAGAAAAGCAAAAUCCAUUGUAGGAACCUAUCCAUUUUUAACUCAGUGAUUUUAAACACCAGUAUCAAAAAUUUGCCUUUUGUGUCAGUCAUCCACAAUCAGCUCUCUGCACUGGAGGGUGACAGAAUGCUGGAUGGAGUCCUGGAAAUGGGCAGUGCAGUGCAGAUCCCCAGGUGUCUGCAUACAGAAUUCCUGGCUGGUGCUGCUGCGCUGAUCUUCACUCCAGGGAGCUGUUGUGGUUUCCCACUGCAGCAUGGUUCAGCGCUCUUGUCACCCUCAGUGGUGACACUGCCUCCCGUGUCUGGCUGGUUGCUUGCCUGAGGCUUCUCCCAGCAUGUGCAGGGCUGGCUCUGGGCUUUGCUGGCUCUGCAGCAGAGCCAGAACUUCCUGCUGGGCUGCUGGGGCUCCUGCAGAGCCRGGCUCUGCUCUGGAGGAAAGGGACAGCCGGCCCAGGGGGAUCAAGGGCUCGGUGUUCACUGGGGAAGUGCUCUCCCUGCUUUGCAGGGGGGUUUAGUCAUUUGGGAAGUCAGGAAAUGCUGUAAAUUUCUGCCUCAGUUAAAGGUUAGAUUUCUCUGAUGUUGGUAAGUGUAAGUUCACGUUGUCCUUUCUAAACAACAACUUUAUACACUUUGCCAGACGGAGUGAAAUUUUAGUUACUCCACGGUUUUGAUGGGKUUUUUUUCCCCCACAAAUGUGGGACAUUACCCUGAUGUACGAUAGGCAAGAUCCAUUUAUUCCUAGUGCAGGAUCAGAGCUGUGAGAUGUGCCCUGGCUUUACUGAGCUGGCUGUGGGAGUUUGGGCUGGGGAGGAAGCUGGGAGGAGUUGCUCACCACACAAGCAUGUCCUGCAGACCAACUCACUGCACAGCUUUGCCUUUGCUGAGUCCAGUGCCUGCAGGGAAAGAGGAUUCCUGUGGAAGCUGUUAGGCAGCUUGUGGAAAAGAAUCAGAAACAGUCAUUUCCUGUAGGGGAAUAAUCUGGGAUCAAGAGGUC